AUGGGAUCCACAUCAAGAUAUACAUUUACAUUUGAAAAAUUAGUAGAAGUCUCCUCCACUGAUUUUCUUGGUCAUUCUGUGGCUGGUACACUAUUUGUGUUGGCCUUGAUCACCCACCUCUUCAAUUACCGUAAGGGUCUGGGUUUUACUUAUUGGUGGUUUUUGGUAAAUGGAUAUUUGAUACAUUUGUACAUGGACGGAUUGGCUGCUUACUUUGAAUAUUCUAAGACGACUCAUUACCUCUAUUCUCAAAUGGAUGCAAGAUUCCUGAGAGAUGACAAGAUGGUUGCUAUUGUGUCAUUGGGUGAGACCUUUGUAAUGGGACCAUUGUGCAUAGUGAUUGCAUUGCUCUAUAAGUCGUCAAAGUUCGAGCAUAAUUUAUUAAGAGAAGUGCUGAUCCUGGUAGUUUCUUCAAUUCAAAUAUGCGGAACAAUAGUAUUCUGUGCUUAGCCUAUAUGGGCUGGCUUCAUUGAAUAAUGUGGAGCAGAGGGAUGUUUUACCUUCUCUAUUUACAACAUAUUCUUUUUCUGGUUCUCCUUUGUGUUUUGCGAUUCCAUCUGGAUCUGGUAGCCAAUCAAGGAAAUCAUUAAAUCUUAUAGGAGAUUAGAACUAUUAGUCAAGCCCCAGCCAUAAAAAGUAAAGAAGAAUUGA